AUGUUUAAAAUGAUUUAAUAAUUGAAUUGCUCGAGUAAUGGUAUUGGAGAAAAUUCAAUUGAUUGUUCUAAUUAAGAGGUGUGCUUAGAUGAUAUUCCUUAAAAAUUGAUAGACUAUUUAUAAUCUGGAACCAAUCAUAUAUAGUUGAUAUAACUUUUUAUCCCAUUAUCAUUAGACAAUUUGAAUUUCAUAGAGCAAUAAACAGACCAAAGGAUAAACAGUUAAUACUUCAAAAUAAAAUAAGAAUGUUCUGAAUUCUAAAAUAAUUUUUAAAUAUUAUAAAAAGAAUAAAAGCAAUUACUAAUUUAAAAAUAUAAAAAAAUAUUUUUAAAGCUUAACAAUUACAAUUAUCCACUUUAAAAUAGCCUACUUUUAUAAUUGUAAUUUCCAAACUAUUUAAAAAUUACUCUUUAAAUUUUAAAAAAAAUUACAAAAAAUACUUAAUUGUAGAAAAAUAUUAUUUUAUUUAUUCUCAGUUAUGCUUAGAAUAAGGAAUUAGAAUAACCUUAUGUUGAAGUUUCACCUAAAAUCCUAAAACUAAGUUAAGAAUUUGAUAAAUUGGAUUAAUUUUAAUUAGUAAAUUAAACAAAUUUAUUGACAAGAUAAUCAAAUGACGAGACAAUUAUCUAAAAUGCUAUAUGGACAAGAUAAUAAAUGAUUUAAUGUUUAAUUCUGUAUUCUAUUGUAAAAUGCGAACUAUUUAUUUUAAAUCAAAAAACAAAAAUCUAAGUCAAUUAUGAAUAGAAUUUAAAUAAUUUUUCUAAACACACUAAUAUGUGCACAUAUGAUUACUCUUGGAGCGAAAAUUGCUUAAGUAACAUUAGGGAUUUUCAUCCUAAACUAGCAAAAAAACUUAAUAAUCGUUAUUAAGCCACGAGAAAUCUAGAAUCUGCAUAUAACAAAGAAACAUGUAUAAGUAUAUUUAAUUAUACCUAAUCCUUAUUGGGAUAUUUUCAUCAUAAUUAUUCAUACUCUUCAAUGUAAUUGAAUUUAGAUAUGAAAAAUAAAAUACAAUCAUUAAUUUAAGGAAAAAUUACAGAUUGUGAUUUAGGAUUAAUACUAAUUGUAGCGAAUGCCAGAAUGUUUGUUUAAAUUUUAUACUCAUUGAAAUGAAUUAAGCUGU